AUGCCCUCCUUCCUUGUUUCUUUUAUUCCUUCUUUGUUAUUUGUUUCAUUUUAUUUUGCUUUCGUCUUUCGUUAUUUUCUUUUUACUCUUCUUCUCCUUCUUCUUCUUCUUCUUCUUCUUCCUUCCUUCCUUCCUUCCUUCCUCCUUUCUACUCUCUUUCCUCUUUUCCUUCUUCAUGUCUUCUCUAGUUCUUUCCAUAUUUUUUUCGGUUUUAAUUCUUUCCUUUCUUUUCUCAUUCUUCUCUUCCUUCCUUUUUCUUUCAAUUGUUCUUUCUUUUUCCUUCCUUCUUUCUUCCAACCUUCUUUCUUUCAUUCUUUCGUUUUUCAUUCUUCCUUCUUCACUUUCUUUCUUUCUUUCUUUCUUUCCUUCUUUCUUUCGUUUUUAGUCUUUCUUUCCUUCCUUCUAUCGUUCUUUCAUUCUUUUCUGUCUUCUAUCAUUCUUACUUUCUUUUCUCUUCUCUGUUCACCUUCCUUAUUGCUUUCUUUCCUUUCUUGUUUCCUUUCUGUAUAUCAUACAGCCAUAUUCAGUGGACACGCGAUUAAACUAUCUCCCCAUUUGGAUUUCACUAAUCGAUGCUAUAAUAAACUUGAUGACACCAAGUUUCCUUUGCAUGACGAAAUUCCUCUUAGUAUUACUUACAUAUUAGACAAUGUGAAUCUUCACUGA